UAAACACAAGCAAAAACAACAUUUAAAUCAAAUUAAAAAUGUUUAUAAAUAUUAACAAUUUUCGAUUGUUUGUAUCAUUGUUCUUAUGUGUAUUUUUUGUGAUAUUGCCUGAAUUAUGUCUUGCAGAUAGAAAACAACGUAUUCCAAUAGGAGCCAUUUUUCAUGAAUAUAAUAUGGAGAUGGAAAUGGUAUUUAGAAAUAAACUUAACUACAUUAAUAAUUUGUAUGAAGAACCAUAUUUACUAAUACCAAACAUUCAAACCGUCGCGAAAGUUGAUAGCUUUAAGGCUGGAAAAAUUGCAUGUAAUAUCACUGAAGAUGGUAUAGCUGCCAUGUUUGGUCCUCAGAAUGAUGAAUGUGCGGGGAUAGUCGAAGCAAUUUGCUAUAAUUUGAAGAUACCAAACUUUCAAACACAUUGGCAACCUAAAAAAUCAACAUAUCAAGAUGCGGCAAAAAUGGCGAUAAAACUGUAUCCAGAUGCACAUGUUUUGUCGGUGGCAAUCAAUGAUAUUUUAAAAACAAUGGAAUGGAAAAGUUUUACCAUUUUGUACGAGGAUGAUGAUGCAUUAUUACGUUUGCAAGAAGUUUUCCUUGAUCAUAAAACAUUUGAUAAUGUGAUUACUAUUCGCCAACUAACUGGUUUCGAUUACAGGAGUUUAUUGAAAGAAGUUCAUGAAAGUGGUGAACGGCAAAUUAUUUUAGAUUGUAAUAUUGACACUACUGUUGAAGUAUUCCGUCAAGCGGCAGAAGUUAAAAUGACUGGGGAGUAUAUUAAUUAUUAUAUCCUGAAUUUAGACACGCAUACAUUAAGGCAAGAAUUGUUACAACAUGCCUUAACAAAUAUGACAAUCAUCAGUUUAAUUGAUCCAAAUUUCGGUGAGGCUCGUAAGCAUAUUGUUGAUGAGUGGACAAUGGAAAUGCCUUCUUUAACUCUUACAGCAGAUACUAUUCCGACCGAAUUGGCAUUGAUGUAUGAUGCACUGGAUGUAUUUUAUCAAGGAUUAAAAAUGACUGAUUCACUAAUGUCGCUGAAGUUUGAAAAAGUAGAUUGUAAUCCGAAAUCAUCGAUAAAUCGAUAUGGUAUUGACACUUGGACUGAUGGUGAACAAUUUUAUGAUGUUUUAAAAAAGGUAAGAUCAGAUGGAUUGUCUGGUCCAAUACAAUUUGAUGAAAAUGGUUAUAGAACAGAUUUCACCUUACAAAUAAUGGAUAUAUCUGAUGAUGGAUUUCGUCAAAUUGGUACAUGGGACCCAACUAAUGGAGUUAGUCGUACUAUUUCCGAAGAAGAUAGUUUAGCACAAUAUUCAGCUGCAUUACGCAAUAAAACAUUCAAAGUUGCGUCUCGUAUUGGUGAACCUCAUUUAAUGUGGAAAAAUGAAAGUGCUGAAGGAAACGAACGUUUUGAAGGAUAUGCAAUGGACUUAAUACAUGAAAUAUCAAAAAUUAUCGGUUUUAAAUACGAAUUUUAUUUAACGCCAGACAAUAAAUAUGGUGGUUUGGAUAAAAAAACAAAAAAAUGGAAUGGUUUGAUUAAAGAAUUAUUGGAACGUAAAGCAGACCUAGCUAUUUGUGAUUUAACUAUUACAUUUGAUCGUCGAUCAGCUGUAGAUUUCACUAUGCCAUUUAUGACACUGGGAAUUAGUAUUUUGUUCAGGAAGCCUGUAGCAAGACCACCACAAUUAUUCUCUUUCAUGGCUCCAUUAUCAGUUGAAGUAUGGCUUUAUAUGGCUCUUGCAUUUUUAGGGGUUGCAUUUGCAGUAUAUAUUAUAGCAAGAAUGUGUCCAAAAGAUUGGGAGAAUCCAACUCCUCAAGAUCCAAAUCCAACAGAAUUAGAAAACAUUUGGUCUCUUCCAAAUUGUAUUUGGUUGUCGUUGGGUACAAUCAUGUGUCUGGGUUGCGAUUUAUUACCAAAAGGAUCUUCGACACGAAUAACGGUGGUUUUAUGGGGGUUCUUCGCGUUAAUUGUAAUUCAAUCAUACAUUGCUAAUUUAACUGCAUUUUUAACAAUGGAAAAAAUGGGCGAUUCUAUAAAAAACGCAGAAGAUUUAGCCAAACAAACAACAAUCAAAUAUGGUACAGUUCAAGGGGCCUCUACUGCCAAUUUCUUUCGUGAUUCAAAUUUUUCGGUUUAUCAAAAAAUGUGGUCAACUAUGGAAUCAACACGUCCAUCUGUGUUCGUUGAUGGUAAUGCAGAAGGUGUAAAACGUGUAUUGCGUGGCCAAGGAACAUACGCAUUUCUAAUGGAAUCUACUUCUAUUGAGUAUGUAACUGCUCGUGAAUGUGAAUUAACGCAAAUUGGUGGAAAAUUAGAUUCAAAAGGUUAUGGAAUUGCUAUGCCUGUCAACUCGCCAUAUCGUACAGACAUCAGUGGUGCUGUUUUAAAAUUACAAGAAUCAGGAAAAUUAUCGACACUUAAAACAAAAUGGUGGAAAGAUAUGCAUGGUGGUAGAAAAUGUGAUGAAGAUCCUUCCAGUAACGCGAAGGAAGAGAACGCAAACGAAAUGGGUAUCGACAAUGUUGCUGGUAUUUUUAUAGUUCUAGUUGCUGGAACCAUGUUUGCUAUAUUUAUUUUAAUAUGUGAAGUUUUAUGGAAUAUUCGUACAAUUGCUGUAGAACAUAAAAUAACACCAACCGAAGCACUUAAAAGUGAGCUACGCUUUGCUUUUCAAAUAUUCAAUAAAGAGAAACCAGCAAAACCGUAUACACCAUCAGAAGCCUCAUCUGACGAAGAUACACGAAGUGUUGCUGCAAGUGUAUUUCGUAGUGCGAGUUCAUUUUUACGUUUAGAUAAUAUUAUUGAGAAAAAGGAUAAUUGAAAAUAUUUACUUUGAUUUAUUAUUG